AUGGCGUCUCGCUCCGUCAACCCGCCGGAGAGCCGCCGCCCUGCUCCUCUUUGUGUGGAGAGACAAUGGAGGCAGAUCUCUGCCCACCUCAUUGUCCCUCUCAGGCUCCUCAAACAGAAAAGAAAAUGGAAACACCCGAGCGGGAAAGUCCCCCAGGAGGACAUGCAGGGCUGUCCGGAGAACAUCCCCCUGGGGGUGUGCACCCUGUCCCAGUCCCGGGACCAACUGACGCCGCCGAGCCGCACGGAGAGCACCGUGUUCAGCCUGUCGCGCAGCGAGUCCGUGUGGACGGCGGAGGCGUCGCGCGGCUUGUGCGCGGAGUUCUGGUACGCCAUCCACAUCAUGACCACCGGGGGCAGCUUCCUGGCGUGCGGCAUCAUCAUCAGCGGCCUGUGGUUCGCCGGCCACUGCAAGAACGUGACCACCAUCCUGGGGCCGGUGCUGCUGUCCAUCGGGCUGAUGGUGCUGGUGGUGGGCGUGGUCCUGAUCCCCAUCACCAAGGAGAACCGGAAGCGGUCCAACAUGAAGAAGCCGCACAGCUACUACCGGCCGCCGGUCUUCAACCUGUGA